GGAACCGGUUGGGAAUUCUCUCUCUCUCUCUCUCUCUCUCUCUCUCUCUCUCUCUCUCUCUCUCUCUCUCUUGUUUUAACACUGAAAGAGUCUGAUUGGCAUCUUAACGUUUUGCAAAUUAAUAUUUUACGUGUUUCCCCCCCUGAAUAUCAGCAUCAAUUAUAGGUGGACAAAUUACCGUCAUGAGCGUUUUUAAAACAGAGCGUCUUCGAAGCGUCUCAUAUUAGCGUUGCAACGAUGUCGCUGUAUUUUCAAUAUUCGGGAAUCGGGAGUCUGUUUCACGCGAUUCCGUUUUUCCUCGUGGUAUUCUUUUGCAAUGCGUUAACGGUUCAAAACGGUGGCGAUAAAAUACCAUUUUGCCUCGUCAUAAAACCAGAACACGGGAGCUUUCAGGUGAGUUUCCUGAUCAACUCACGGGACGCUUCAGCAUCACUUCUCUAUUACUGGAGUAAAUGGACGUCGGAGCGACGCGUUGAAGACUGUUUCACGAUCAAUGACGGGACUUUGAUUGAACGGUAUUUGUCACUCUGCGAUCGUUUGGACAACGCAGAAAAGUUACUUCACUUCAACUUAAGCGUGCUAUUGGAGGAUGAAAGCCUUUGUGAAUUUAAAAGGAGUCCCCUUGACGGUUUCACUUUGCAGAAAGACGUGAAGCAAUUUAAGCAGCUGGAUUCAAGCGCUAAAAAUCGCCAGAAACGCGCGUGGGUUUUACCGGGAACGCUUUGGUGUGGCAGAGGCACCAGCGCCAACAACUACGAACAGCUGGGUAUGUUUGAACAUGCAGAUAGAUGCUGUCGAGAGCAUGAUCAUUGUGAGCACAUCAUACGCGCCUUCUCUGUCAACUUCGGUGUCUUCAACCCCACCUUCUUCACCAUCUCCCGUUGUGAUUGCGACCACAGAUUUAAACAGUGUCUUCUCAGUGGUAAUGACACCAUCUCCAACAUGGUCGGCUACAGUUUCUUCAACGUUCUUAAACUCCGCUGCUUUGAGUUGGUCCAACGAAAACGAUGCAUCCAGUUUAAUUGGUUUGGAAUGUGCACAACAUUUCAGUUAGCACCUGUGGCAGUGCUGAAAGAUUCCACACCGUACAAUUCUACCAAUCUAACUUAUGAGAACAAUGACCCCACUGACCUGUCAUGCAAUGAAGUGCCAAUCAAAUCGUCACCUAAUGGCAAACAAACAAUGUCUAAAUCUAAACAGAUCAGGAUGCCUAAGGACAAGAAAGUUUGUGCUCCAGUAGACCAUCUGAGAGUAGACACUUUUCAGCUAAGUCAAAAUUUGGUGAACCAAUAUGACAGUCGGAAGAAACUUAAAACAUCGGGACCUCGAAAAGGACGAAAAAAUUCACCGACAAGCUCGUUCAUGACCUUAACCCCUUCUCCCCAAAGGGUCAGAGUGAAGCAAAGAACAUUUCAAAAGUACAACAUGGAAACUGUUCUUCAAAGCACCCCAAGGAAACUCAAAGCAAGUGUAACUGGUUCACCUUCAACCACAUGUGAAACUAAAUUCCUCUUGGUUCAAAAGACAGUGAACACUCAGGCAAAACAAAUGUCAGCUAAAUCAAGAGCAAAGACCUUUCGAAGAAAGAAAAAAAAGAGAAAAGCUCAAUCGACAGUAAGAUCCAGAAAGACAUCACGGCCCGUUUCAACUUCCAAGAGGAGAUGACUACCAGGAGAAACAUCACAGAUACAAGGAUUCAAAUUUGCAAAGAAAAAAGAAUCUGCAGUCAGUAUGAGCUUACACAUCAAGACAUGGCAUUUCUCAUUGUUGGAUGAUGAGACAAUUUUGAAAACUAUGAGAAAAUAUUUUGAAUAGAUAUUUUGAAAAAUGUGUAAAGAAUGUCACAGAGUCUUAUUUAUCAGGGGAGGUCCUUGUAUAAUGAAUCUUGUCCGAGCACAUACCCUUAAAGAUGGUCACUUUUAGACAAUGCUUGUUGACCAGGGAUACAAAUAAAACUGAGUAAUGAUAUUUCAUUUUAAUUUGUCUUUAAAAUGUACAGUACAGUCACUGAGAAUUACAGCUAUGCCUUAGCCACAAACGAACCAUCACCAAUCAGUGAUUACUGUAGCCUAUUUGCAUAUUCUGAUGAUGCAAUUAAUAAAAGUCAAAUAUGAAUUAAAA